AUGAUUAUCUUUAUAUAUGGAUAUGAUGAUCCAUUCUAUAUGGAUACUGAAUAUCCAACAUCACUAUCCCCACCAUCAUCAUCGUUAUCAUCAUUACUGAAAUCAAAGAAAACGAAUUCUAUGUUCCAAAAUUUACAUACAUUCUAUUGGAUAAAUGGAAUUGAUUCAUGGAAUCCUUAUAGAGGAUAUUAUGAAUCUUAUAUGAAUAAACGGAAAUAUCCACAUCAUCAUCAUCAUCACCAUCGUCGUCGUCGUCGUCAUCGACGUCAUCAUCAAAAUCGUCAAUUUUUAUCAUUACAAACUGAUUUAUUUAAAUUACUUAAAGGUAAACGUAAAAUAAAUAAUGAUCAUGAUAUUGUAAUUGAUCGAUUAUUAAAUAAUGAAAUAUUUAAAUUAAGAGGUUGGAGACCACAACGUUAUGGAUAA